AUGUCCUUAGGAAGCGAGGCCCGAGCCGAACGUCGCUCGAAACUCGAUAUAUCACCAGCAGACGCAGUCAGUAGCGCUUCUAGCCUGCGACAAAUACUGUGUGGUAACGACGCCAUCGUCCAUGGUGGCCGACCGUUGGGGAAUUACGGUCCGCCGCACGCGUUGUUCCACCCUGCCUUGGCCAGGCUCGACUUUCAUCUUCGCCACCUUGGCAAGAACCUGGCCGAACUUGAACCGGAGCCGGAGCUGCUCAAUAAUGUGCACUACUUUAUGGAAAAGUCCCUCGAAGUUUACGCCAAUGCGGUGGCGCGAGAAGGCAGACUCACUCCGCUGCUGAAAAUGGCCCUGGGUAUGAGCCUUCUGGAGCAAAAUUUAGUGUACGGGGCUACCAAUGAUUUUGUGUGGCGAGCCAACAACAAAUAUGUAACUAUUGUUGAGCAGAUCAAGAGUGAGUUUGCGCUCGGUGGGGACGCUUUCCUCCAAGCUGCACUAUCAUACUCGGAGCUAAUUUCUGAUCGAAGAUAUCAUCCACGGUCCAUGAAGACGAACCACCCGGCCAUCCUGAUCGGCCUCAUGGGCGACUACAUCGAAAUUGGCCGCGCAAUCUACCUCGGUGGCGAUGUCUACUAUGACGAGACGUUCUUGCAGCGGCUAAGCCUAGACUUUUUCUCGCAUGAGCAUAUUCUCCGUCUCGCACAGGCGUUCAAAGCGGUCAUGCUCGCAAGGGACGCCAAAGAACACUAUUACACUCGCUUGGAAGCGGCGCCACCACCGGAAGAUAGCCUCGCGCACCCGUUUCCCUCCCCGACGCAUCUCUCUGGCGACCCACUCCCUGAAAAGCUAGUAUUCAGAUGCAGACUCACCAAGAGCGGCGAGCGGUAUGUCUUUCCCUCGGGCAUCGAUUUCAGGGAAAGCAGUGUCAGUUCGGGUCUAUACAUCCCUCACAUGCCACUUCCAGACGACCCGAGCGAUCCAGAUGCCUCAGAGGCUCCUUCUGGUACUUCCACUACCGCUCUGCAGAUCGAGGUGCUCGUCAAGUUCACCGAUCGCUACGACCCUCUCGCCCACCGAAUCCUGGCCGCUGCCGGCUUUGCACCACGUCUGUACUCGUGUUCGCGCGUGCAUGGAGAGCUGUACAUGGCGGUGAUGGAGCUCCUUCCUGGCUGGACUAUGGAGCAUCAGACGAAAAGGCUGGGCAAGGCCGUCCCGCUGUCGGUCUUCGACUGCGUUAGGGCCGCGAUCGACAGGCUGCACGAGGAGGACAUCGUGUUUGGCGACCUCCGGCCGUCGAACGUCGUGUGCACCCCCGAGUCGGUUGCGGAACCGGGCUCGGCGGUGCAGACGGAGCAGUUGCGUGCAAAGCUGGUUGACUUCGACUGGACGGGCGUCGACGGCGAAGGUCUAUAUCCGGCGGUGCUGGAUGAUAAUAAACAGUGGGUGGCUGGCGUUGAGUGGUACGGGAUGAUGCGCAAGGAGCAUGACCUCGGGAUGCUCGAGAAGCUGCGCCUGAUGUGCAAGUAG